UGAAAGUUGAUAUGGCUGCGGUUAGUUCUCAUCUAGUUUUUGUCGCGUAAUAAGGUAAGAAUAUAGAUUAGUUCAGGUGAAAUGCAAAUAUCAGAUGUAAGUGUCAGGUAGUGCUGCCUUUAUUACAGGGCUUUGUUCGUCGAAAAAUUCUGACAUGCCUUUAACGUUAACCUUCGUUGUGUUCAUCAAGUCGUAAGUAUUUACUCAUGCUAUAAGAGAGCAUGCAAGUCUAAAAUCGUGCUCACCUUCUUACUUUUCUGUGUAUUAAACCAAAUGGUCUAGCUCACCACAUGUCUUCCACACUGUAUGUGUAGUUUUACAGUUGUGCAAACUGAAGAGUCAUUUCAUUGUAUUGAAAAUUACUCUUACACGUAUUCCACGUCCGUAAUCCUUUACACCUUAACAUCAGUAUGCAUAAUCUCCUUACCGUUAUCUGUACAUUUCCUAAGUUACUGACAAGGAGAAUUUGUUUAACAAUCGAGCUCCUUAAGUUGUUGAUCAUUUCCCUUAUUCUCAUGAUCUUAAAUGAAUGAUUCAACAGUAUUAUUGUAAAGAGAAACUAGAUGCUGGUCACUCUUAGGGUUCAAAGGCUUAAGAAACUGAAAUUUUUAUAUUUCCACAUACCCUUGAAAACUUGAAUAUGACUCAUGUACUAACAGGCUAUAUUGAUACAUUUAAGGUAAAAAACUUGGUGAAAUUACAAGAAAUGUUUACAUCCUAGAGAUAGAGACCAGUUCGUCAUAAUUAAUAUUACUUGUCAAAGAGGCUGAGGCAAUUUAUUGUUGAAAUAUGAUUUCAAAGGUGAUCAGUAGAGCAAGAACAUUUGGUUAAUUGUAUUAAUUUCUUUAUGAGGAAGGUAAGUAACUUGUAAGCAUGCCAUGUAAGGGAAACAGUAAGUUUUUUUUGUUUUUGUUUUUGGUUGUCGUGUCAGGGGUUCCUGAGAAAAACUUUGACACAUCAAAACUCGAGAGGAAACAAAAUUUGUUCAAGGCUAUGUGAUCAAUAAUUAACUAACUGCAAUGAUACAUGUAUUAAGAGCAAGGGAAAUCUAAGCAUUUUGUUAAAUAUAUGGGGCAUGCAUGCAAGCACUGUUCUGCAUGCAAAAACAUAUCACUUAAAUGUAAAUAACUGAUAAUAAGUUCUGCUUUUUGUUAGAAUGUAAUCAAGACAAUGGCAAACUUUGGUAAAGGCAAAAGAAAUGGGCAGUACUGGCAGAGACAGUCAGUAUACACUCCAUCAUUCAUGGAUCUUGAGAAAUACCUUCCGAAGCCUAAGGAUAGUGAUCUACCUGCAUUCACCCGGAAAACCCCAAAGCAAUCUACAGUUAUUAGACCAACAGAAUAUAAGUCAAACAAUUAUGCACUGUAUAAUGACAGAAGCAGUACGAACUCUAAUUCUUCAACCUCUAAAUGUACAAACACAGCAACUUCUUCAGAUCACACAGCAAUCAGUGUGAAUGUCACUAAUGAGCAAAGAACAAUAAACUUAAGUCAUGGGAAGACACUGAACAGCUUGAGUAGAGAAAGUAUUGGGAGAAGACCACCUAAACGUCGUCAUCACUCCACUGUAACUCCAGACUUUCAAGAUGAAGUCAUAACCAAACGAGUGAAAAGAUAUUACAGUACCUCCCAAGCAACAUGUAAUAAUACUGCUAGGUCAUUUAGAUUUCAGCAGUUUGAAGUAGAACCCCCUGUGUUUACCCUGGAAACAGUAAGUAUUUUGCUUGGAGUGUGAGUGACACAACCUAAAAAUUGUUCACUAAAUUAGGGUUAUUUAAAUGGGAUUUAUGCAUUUGUGCGGUUACAGUGUAUAUGUAUACAGGCGGCUAUGUAUUACUGUAACAAUUCAUAACUCACUGGCUGAGCAGAAAUUUUGUGGUGAGAAACAAAAUUUUCACAAUUCAAUUGUGUUGAACCUCACACAGUUUAACCCUUUAACUCCCAGAUUAAAUUUGUCAUUCUCCUUACUAUUAACCAUACAAUUCUUUUAAUGUUAGUUCAGAGAAUUUAGUAGUAGAUCAACUAAUUAUUCUCAAAUUGAUAUUUUCCUUUACUCUCAUCACUUAUCUGGUUGAUAUUGUAUUGAUAUUGUAAGGAGAAAUUCUGUCUUGGUCACUCAUGGGAGUUAAAGGGUUAAGCAAUCAGAAUGAAAUUAAAACCUAAUUAUUGAAGCUACACCUGUACAGCAUCUUAAACUCUAACUUACAUGUAUAAUAAUUGAUAGAAAAAAUGUUUUUUGAUGCUGUUGCCCUGUAAACAAGAUAGAAAGUACAUGCAGUUGAAUAGAUAUCCCAACAGCCCAACACUUUCAUGUUUGUAGCAUACGGGGUUGUUCUGUACCCAAAAUAUGAGUAAGAUGUGAAAACUCAACAGAGAUUUAUAUACUGAAUAGUGAGAUGAUCCCUUAUGACACACAUUAUGGGUCAUACACCACAAUGUUAACAAAAAAACCCUUUAGUGGUUGGCAGUAAUGAUUUUUCUUGUUUCAGCUUACCCAAGAGAUACAAGAGGAAACCUUGAGAUGUGUGCAAACUGUUGAGACACUACAAAAGAAAUUAAAGUUGAAAUCUUUUCUAGAAAGAACUUUGUCACCCUUUUUUCCAGGUACAUGUACAUUACUGCACUUUCCACUGUAUGUACUGUAAAUUUCAUAUGUAAUGGGCUCUCCCCCUCUUUAGGGAAUGAAGUUUCUAACAAGCCUCCCUAUGAGAUUGAGGUUUUUGAGUAGUAGUCUUUGUUUGCACUUUUUCUUGGUACUGGGUGGUGUACACGUAUUUGAAAGCCUGUUCUACUUUUAGCUUUUCAUGUUGUAGGUUUUUUGAUCAAGACAUUUCGCAAAACAGGGAAUUUAUUAAUCUUGGUAAUAAGCCAGAAGAUUCCUCACCUGAUCAACACACCUUCUAGUAGUAAGGUGAUGAGGAUACUAUUUGAUUAUAAAACAAAUUGUCAGAGCUGCAAUUAAACAAAAGUAUGAUAAACAAUAGGGUGAAUUGUUAUGUAGAUCUUGGGUAAAAAAGAGUUAAGUUAAGAUCAAUUUUGAGCCUGUUCUCUUUUCCAGGUUGUUCUUUACAUCUUUGUGGCUCGUCAAGCAAUGGCUUUGGUGGUAAUACUAGUGAUGCUGAUUUCUGUUUGAUUUUAAAACAUCUACAGCAGGUGAGAUCAUGUAAAUGAAUGGGUGGUUUUAAGUUUCUCUUAUGAUUUUCUUCUUUUAAUUUCCUUUCUAAUAAAUUGUUGUGAAUCCAAUUUGAUUGUAGUCAAAUAACCGGAAAGAAGCUCUGCCAAUUUUGAGGAAAAUUCAGAGAGUAUUGGACAAUGACCCUAAAAACAGUGAGUAAUCAAAUACACAGUCUCCUCUAGGAGUUAAAAACAUUUUUUGAAUGAUAUGUCACCAUGUAUAUGGAAGUUGCAGCUUUCCUACUUGUAUGUGUCAUUGUCAACAAAACCAUCUUGAAACUGCCUCAUUAUUUUGUAAAAUGGGAUCAUACUGUACCUGUAUCUCUUGUAUGCAAAUAGUUCUUGACAGUUCACAUAUUGGAAUUGUUCAACAGCUUUCCUUAGUAGAUGUGCAGUUAUUCCUGCAAGUGUACCAAUUUUGAAAUUCAAGGAUAUGAUCAGGUAAGAGCUCUGUAUGCUUAUAACAAGUUAGUACAUGUUUAUACUGAGGGUCCAAAAUACAGUGUACGUAUUAUACACUUCUGUUUUACAAGCUAACCAUCAUCCAGAGAAGAUUUAGCUUUCAAUCAAUAGCUGCUGAUAUCAUUAUAGACAAACAACAAAUUUUUCUUCUGUUUCUUAUCCUUCCAUAGUGGCUGUGAGUGUGACAUCAACAUUAAUAAUAUUGUAGUAAGUUAUUUGUUUGUUUUCUUUUUUAGUCUUUAAGUAAUUAAUUUUUUUGUGAUAAUGACCAGAGGAAAUGGAAUCAUGAUGCAGUAUUGUCAUUAAGAUUGGCUUGCAUUAUAUAAAUGCUAGCUGAAAUGAAAUCUAGGUUUCAUUUUUGUUUGGUAUUUCAGCAUUCUCUUUAGACUGUAUACUCAAGACAAACUUUUAGACCUGUUUCUUGAGUCUUAUUAUGACAUACAGUUUGUUCUAUUUCCAGGGUUUGAGGAACACCCACUUGCUCAGAGCUUACUGUGGAGGCAAGUCUUUACUUUCUCAAUGGUUGUCUCAAAUGGGAAUUUUCAAUGAUUUUCUCGCAUGGUUUAAACUUUUGUGUUAAAAUAAAUUCUGUAAGAUCAGGCUCUCUAACACAUUUCCUAUUUUUUUGUUUGUCUAAUAUGGACUGAAUCAAAGAUCAUUGGAGGUUGUUUCAACAGUUAUUAUGUCAUCAUGUGCAUGGUAACUCUCACAUGUAGCACAUCUUGUAAUGAAACAUGUAAAUGAAAAACAUGUGCACUUUGCCACAUUAAUUUGUCUUUUUACUUAGUGCCUUUAGUCCUAAUAUCAGUGGUCAUAUUUUCCAAACUGUUCUCUGUAAAUUUUCUCUAGUACUGAUAAGGAGAAUUUGUUGAAUACCUACGAGCUUUCUCAAUCCGUGAUCAUUUCCUUCUUUCUCAUGACCUCAAUGUUUGAUUCAGGGGUGAUACUGUAAGGAGAAAUAAUAUGUUGGUCACUCAGAGGGAUCAAAGGGUUUUGAUGUAUACAUUUAUACUUAUUAAAGUAUUAUUAUACACUAGGUAGUUAUUUAUUUCUUUAUUUCUUUUUACAUCAGUGGAUUAUCGUGUCCAGCCACUGGUGAUGUUGGUGAAGAGGUGGGCCAAAACACACAACAUCAAUGAUGCUAGCUUGGGUACACUCUCUAGCUAUGCUCUUGCUCUGAUGGUCAUUCACUAUCUACAGGGUAUGUUUGAAAUGUUACCAACCUGAAAUUUAGUUAUUGUAAGUUUUGCUUUUUUUUACUUCUUAGUUAGGGAUUAUGAGUAAAAGCAAGCUCCCCUGACAUGCACAUGUGUACAUAGUACAUGUACAUGAGCAUAUCCAGGAGUUAAUGAUUUGGGAAUGGGGGAAGUGAAAUGUAGUUGGUGUGUUUAUUCAAGAAUAAUUUUUGUAUGCAAUGCAUUUUUUUGUUUGUUCGUAAGGUGUUUGUAAACCUGCUGUAGUUCCUGUCUUACAAAGGCAAUAUCCAGUAAGUACGGCAUGUGCUCAUGCACACCUUUUUUUAUAUAAAUUGCAGAAUAACUUAGAUUGGUUGUCAUCAUAUCAAGUUAUUGCAUUUGACUGUUUAACCAUUUAACUUCCAGGAUUGAUUAAUGUGUAACGUCUUCCUAUAAUAUCCAUACAUUGUCCAGCAAAUGAUGAGAAUACUCAAAUUUAAUGGGUAGAAGUCGUAUCUUGAUCUAUCACCAAAUUCCUGUAACUACACUGUAAUAUACAAAGAAAUGUGCAACAGCUCGAGGAGAGAAUUAACAACCAGAUCUUGGCUAAGAAACGAGUAGCAUAUGCAUGAGAAAGUAAGAUGCAUGAUAACAAGAGAGACAUGAGAAAUAUUUUGAUAUGUAUGUACGUUGUAUUUUUUGAUAAAAUGAAAAUGUAAUAUUUUGGUGGGUUUUCUUUUUUCGUUUUGUUUAACAGGCAUUGUUCAGAUACACAAGCGAUUUCUCGAGCCUUUUAACCCUGAAUCCGUGUAAACAUAUGGUCUGCAACCAGUAAGUCAACAUCACGUUUCCUUCUGCAUUAUUCUGGCGAUCCAAUUGUGUCCACAGUAACAUAGCAAUAUUUUUUGCUUCUAAUACUGAUUUUUGCCUGAUAAUUCACAGAUCAGAGAACAGACAAUCUAUAGGAGAGCUAUUUAUUGGAUUCUUCAAAUACUAUGCUGCGGAUUUUAGGUAUGAUUUUAAUGCUCUGUUCGUGCUGAUCAGAAACAAAACAUACAGUGACAUCUGUAAUUUGGUAUUAUCAACUCAGUUGAUAACGAAAGAGUUUUUACCCUCGAGAGUUUUAGCUUUGAAACUCCUAACGGUGGCCAAUUUACGUUAUAAACUUAGUUGAUAAUACCCAGAUGGCCUUGCUAUACUCUCCACCGACGCAGCACCACAGUUUUUUUUUUAGAAUCUUGCCCCCUUUAAACAGUGACAUCUUUUACACUUAUCUUAAUCAUUAAACCCCCAUAGGUGACCAAUACGAAAUUUUCAAUAUCAUUUCAAUAUCAAGCUGACAGGUGAUGAGAAUAUAGAAAAAUAUCAAUCAAGGGAUUGUUAGUUGAUCCAAUACCAAAUUCUCUGAAAUAACAUCGUUAGAAUCGUAUGACAGACAGUAAGGAGAAUCAGUAUUGCAACCUUUGGAGUGAAAGGGUGGUGGAGGUCUUACAUUCACUUUUAUUUCCUUCUCAGCUGGAGUACUGAUUAUAUUUCCAUUGCACUUGGUGCUGCUUAUCCACGAGACUCACAACGUAAAAGGAAGUUGGUUUGUGUAGAAGGUGAGUUUUUUUUCCCUACACAAUACGCAUUUAAUGUCUUAUUGCGAGGGAAACAGUUAGCUUUGUUUGUCUUUUCCCAAUUAGCUUUAAUAAGUAAUACCUUUUCUUGUUUUAUUACAGAACCAUUUGAUGGAAAUAAUGUCGCCAAAGCUGUCUGCAGUGUUGAAAAAUUCGAAAACAUCAAAAUGAAAUUCAGGCUGGUAAGUGCAAUUUGGAAAAUGCGUACACUGCUCGUAAUUUAUAGUUUCGAUCAUCUGACGUUUCAAAACGUGUCCAUAAUCUAAAUGUCGCAUUCUGCGUCGCUGGCGGUUUAUUAUGCGCUAAAGCGAUGAACGGCAAAGCUGCAAGAGGCUGGGGUCGAAGGCUAGUUUUAAAACCCCUUGCGGCCUUCUUGCUCAUCACGAAGCUUACAUAUAGCGUUAAAGUGUACGCAAAACUGUCAGUUGUGCACGCUAUAGAUGACGUGAAGAAACAAAAAAAGAGGAAACGGAUGUUAAUUACUAAAUUUCACGCAUCACCGUUUUUUGUCUGAAACCGUUCAGUCGUUAUUGCACAUAAAUUCAUAGAUGAUCUCGAAUUUACAGUGCACAGUAGCUUAAUAGGGGUGUUCGCGCGGUUUUGUAACGAGCUAAUAAUUCGUGCUCACUGGUUUUAUUGCAGGCGUGGCAUACACUCAAUAUAUCACCAAGUCUGGAGAGUAUCAAGGUUACCUGAAUAAAACAUUGAAUGUAAAACCACGCGAAUGGCCAUUUUUGUCAUGCAAUGCAAAAUUGAACUCGAGUAUAAGAUAAGACGGUGCGAUUGCCGGCUUGGACAACCUCGACCUCGGCAAACCUGGCUUAUCAUGGCAAGACCCUACACCAACUCUCAUAAGUCUUCUUGUUAGAGUAGAAGGUGCGCUAUGGAUAAGGAAAUACACAUCUCCAACUGCCUUCGACGUUCAAGAUUCUUCAACGGGAGCACCGUACGUGGUUCUAGUUUCAAUCUUGUAUAUACAGCUUACUCGUUAGAAUUUGGAGAGCAAUUCGUCUCGUUGCUCUUUUUGUUGUACCUAAGAUUUCCAGUACACACGCGUAUGAGCAAAAACAAAUUCAAGAAGGGUUUUUUAAUGAAACGUGGAACGUUUUUGAUAACGUUCGGUUACCAUUGCGUUUGAUUAACAAGUGCAGAUUUGUAAAACUUUCCUAUCAUUGCAUUUAAUGAUAAACGAUCACCACUAAGCUUGAUAUAUAUGUAUAUCGUAGUUAAAUUUUUAAAGGCGACCGAAGCUACUGCGCCAUGUUGAACUGCGUUUAUGGGUCUGAAAAUGACAUUGCCUCACCAUCUCCAAAUUUUAUUCACAUUCUUAAAAUGUUUUCUACAUUUCUUUGAAUCGUGAUGAGCAUUAUAGCGUUUGAGUCGUGACUAAAGCCUCAGAGUUUAGAGAAACGAUACAUGAUAUGAAUUUUAAGACCCCUCCUAUUUAUCUAAGAGUACGACAUAGAGUUUUUUAUAUAUAAAUUACAUAUUAUAAUUUAAUUAAUGAAUUGUAUAUGAUAUUUAAUGAUAUCGUGGAAUUAAAAUGUGUUAGUCAAUCUACCCACAGUCUCCGCACCUUUGAAUAUUUUUUUCCUUUGAGCAGCACCCACAAUGUGAUGGUGGUACCUUUGAUGGGCGCUCUUGAUAGUU